AUGGCACAAGAAAAAUUAAUAACAUUAGAUGCUACAGCAUUGAGUUCCACAGCAGUUGAGCUUAUGGUUGCUGAUGUACGUUCAACUGAUGGGAAACAUCAUAGGUUAUUGUAUAACCGGUCCAGGAAACUUAUUGAAUUCAGAUUGUGCGGAAGUGAUGAAGGAAAAGAAGAAAGUAUGUUGAAAGAUUUGAAUGAACUAAUUUGUGUACGAGGUACGCCUAUUAUCAUGAAACGAGGGCUGCCAACUGAUUUAAAUGAAGAUGCAAAACAAGUUGACACACCUAAUCACUUAUAUUUUUAUUUCGCUGAAAAAUGGACAAAGCGUCGGUGGCGUAUCCGCACAAUUACAGCUCUGUUUACCACUACUGUUGAGAAAAAACUGUGGUUGGACGCAUUAAAUUCCGCUCUUCAUGAUUUGGAACAAAGGCCAAAAACGUUAUUAAUAUUCAUAAAUCCUUUCGGUGGUAAAGGCAAUGCUAAGAAGAUUUUCUCGAAACAGGUAACUAAAAUUUUGGAAAUGGCUGGUAUUCAUUGUGAUGUUAUAUUGACACAACGUGCAAAUCAUGCUUUUGAUUACCUUAAAGAACUAAAUUCUUCCUACUGGACAACACUCGAUGGUGUUGUUUCCGUGGGUGGUGAUGGUCUUUUCAAUGAGUGCCUUUCCGCUGUAGUUUGCAGAACACAGCAGGAAGCAGGAAAAGAUAUUUCCGAUGCUAAUAUUGAUGUGCUGCAAACACCCAGAAUGCGAUUUGGUAUAAUUGGUGCUGGUUCUGCAAAUUCUAUUGUUUCUUCUGUUCAUGGCACUGAUGAUUGCCCAACAGCUGCUAUACAAAUUGCUCUUGGUAGUAAGUGUUCAGUUGAUGUGUGUACAGUUCAUAAAGGUGAUGAUUUGAUGCGUAUAUCUGCAAAUGCAAUUUCUUAUGGUUGGCUUGGUGAUCUUUUGGCUGAUUCUGAACGUUUUAGAUGGAUGGGACCUUGUAGAUAUCAGUAUUCUGCUUUACGAACAACUUUACGUAAUCCGGCAUAUUUUGGUCGCGUAUCAUUCAGUUUGAUUCCUGAAGCUGGUGAAAAAUAUGAUUUAAGCAAUUUACCAAGAUGCACUACACCAUGUUCUGUUUGUGAUGGUACUAGUGAAGGCGAUAAAAAUUAUCCAUUUCACUUACAAACUGAUUUCACUCAUAUUAUAUGCUGCGUGGUGCCAUGUAUUAGCCCAUUUACACCGUAUGGCUUAGCUCCUUUUACAAGUAUUGGUGAUGGAAGUAUGGAUUUGGCGUUAGUUCCACGAAUUUCUCGUUGUGGCAACAUGUCCGUUAUUCGUAAAAUUGCAUUGAAUGGACCAAAAAGUGUUUUGUCAAUGAGAAAUACUUUAAACGUUUUCCGAGUUACUCGAUGGGCUUUUACUCCUGCUUCGUUACUUCAAAAUGCAUCUAAUCAUGGAUCGUCAGUGAGUGAUGCACAAGGUGUAUGGAAUUUAGACGGAGAAAUGAUGACGCAGCCGAAAGAUGCUUCAUUUCAAUUCAGAUUGCAUCCUCGCUUAAUUAAAUAUUUUGGACGAGAAACCGAUUUAAAUGUGACUACAAGAAAGAUCGGUUGUUGCAGACGAGAUUAUAAAAAACUGUCCAAUAUUGUUCGAGUGCCAAUAAGUCAGUAA